AUGAAUGUUGCUCUAAAUAUUCCAAAUCACAACACCAUUAAUACACUCAACACUUAUCACUAUUUCCACUGUUUUUGGCCUAAAUGUCAGUACAAGACUUAUAAUAAAAGGGAUUUAACUAAACAUCAAUUCAAACAUUCAAAUACAAAACAAUUUAAAUGUGAUUUCGAUAAUUGUAAUAAAGUUUAUAAACACUUCUCACAUUUAAAUCUCCACAAAAAUAGUGUUCAUUUAAACGUGAGAUAUGUAUGCAAUUGGAGUGAAUGUCACAAACAUUUUAAAUCAAAACAAUAUCUAAAUAAACACAAAAUGUGUGUUCAUUUGAAUCAAAAGAAAUUCAUAUGCGAUGAGAAGAAUUGCGGCAAAAAAUUCAAACAAAAUCAAACCCUAACUGAACACAAACGCCAACAUUCGGGCGAAAAGCCAUUUGUAUGUCAUUUCAAUGAUUGUCACAAAAGUUUUGCCAGAAAUUCACGUUUAGCUGAACACAGGAGACGAUUGCAUAUGAAUAUAAGGCCUCAUAAAUGA